ACUGCAUGCCACUUCGCUUCACCUCCUGCAGCCGGCGAGCUUCAGUGCUAGUUUCACAGAAAGGAAGGCAAGAAAUCGGUGGUGUUUGAGAGCACCGCAAGCGGUGCAUGUAUAAUAGCUGUGUGAAUGGACCUUCGUCGUUCUCUGGCGCUAGAGAACGGCUGGCCUGCUCGGCCAGUGACCUGUGACGCCAUAAGGCAGAGGCAGGGAAAUGACCUAACGCCCAGGUGAAAACUACGAGGGGGAAGUUCUCCGCGGUCGCUACCACCAUGGCGUCCCCCGCCUCCACCCAUGUCGAGUUCAUCAUGCUAAGCUGUCUGCCUGACGACUCAAUACCGGCUGUCGCCUACACUACGGGGCGACUGCCCGGCAGCGACUGUGCUCUGGCUGAGGUCAAGCCAUGCACCAGCUCCGCUGACAUCCACCCCCAACCACUGCCACAUCCUUACCAGCAUUCUCAUCCACACCCCCAAGAACUGCAACAACAGCAGCUUCAUCACCAUCACCGUCAGCAACCCCAGCCCCAUCACCAGCAACAGGCACUACAGCAUCACCACCAGCAGCAGACAGUCCAUCACCAUCAGCAGCCACCACCACCACAUCCCCAUCAACAGCCACCACCUCCACCACAUCUUCAUCACCAGCAGCCAGCACCACAUCACCAGCAGCACCUGCCCUCCACGUCCAGCAUGUAUUGCGGUGUCAACCAGAGUCGCCUGACCUUUGACACUCACCACAGCCUCGGCCAGACACACACGCCUCUUCCUGACAGUCCACCUGACUCGGGGUCUGAACCCUACUCCCCGCAAGAUGCAACACCCCAAAACAGUGCAGAAAGCCAUUUGAAGCACAGCAUGCCUUCUAUUCCACAUGCCCUCUACUCUGGUCCCCAACACCGACCGCCACACCCAGGAGACAUGACCAUGGGCCCAAAAAUGCCACCAUCCUAUCUAGGAGGACCAGACCCACCCAAACUAAAUCACAUACCCCAGGGACCACCACCCGUACCUUUAGGUCCCUCAGGGUUGGCCCACCAGGUGUCACCCACUAUGAACCAUCCUUUCCUACCUCAACAUUUUAGCACCAUGAACAACAUGGUGAACCAGCCGACCAAAAAGCGAAAGUUUUCUGACUCUCCCACUAAUACCAUAAAUGCUUCAAUGAUUCCACCCAACAUGAGCAGCAUAUUAAGCAUCAAGCAAGAACCACCUGCAGUGAAUCAGUUCUCACAGUACAUAGGCGACUGUGGGGCAGAUGAUGACUAUUCAUAUGAUGUGGACUCAAACAGUAGUUUUAUGGAAGGGGCUUACCAGGUUAUCAAAUGGCAGCAUUUUAACACCACGACUUGGAACACGCUCACAGACUCUAAUUUCAAAGAUGUACCUUCUCCUACUUAUCGAGUGGAUGCUGACAAGGGCUUUAACUAUUCUAUCCCUGAUGAAGCAUUUGUUUGUCAGAAAAAAAACCACUUCCAAGUGACAGUUCAUAUAGGUCUCCAAGGCCAUUCGAAAUAUGUGCGCACGCCUGAUGGCAUCAAGAAAAUUGAGGACUUCUUCGUGCAUUUUUAUGGUGUCAAGAUGGAAUCCCCUACUCAGGUUAUUAAAAUUGAACAGUCACAAUCUGACAGGAGUAAAAGGCCUUUUUAUCCAGUCAGAGUGGACCUCAGUCCAGAGCAAGUGGUAAAGUUCACGGUUGGGCGUCUGCAUUUCAGCGAAACAACGUCCAACAACAUGCGUAAGAAGGGCAAGCCUAACCCUGACCAGCGCUAUUUUCGGCUUGUUGUUGCGCUGCAUGCACACUCCGGCCAACAGUCAUAUCUCAUCUGUGCUUCAUCCUCUGAAAGAAUAAUUGUCAGAGCAUCCAACCCUGGUCAGUUUGACAGUGAGAUGGAUGUGUUGUGGCAAAAGGGCCACACAGGCGAGUCAGUUUACCAUGUGGGACGUGUUGGCAUUAAUACAGACCAUCCAGAAGAAUCACUCACUGUCCAUGGCAACAUGCGAUUGACAGGACAUCUGCUUCAGCCAUCAGACAUGCGUGCAAAAGAGAACCUGCAGGAAAUUGAUUCCAAAGACCAGCUUGAGAAUGUUCAGAAAUUGCGUUUCUACCGGUAUGACUACAGUGAAGACUAUGCAGUGCAUGCUGGGAUACCACUGGAUGAUCGUGGAGAUUCAGGUGUCAUAGCUCAAGAGAUCCUUGAUGUCCUACCAGAUGCCGUGAAGUCCACUGGUGAUAUCCAUCUGCCAAAUGGUCGCACACUUGAAAACUUCCUGGUUGUAAAUAAAGAUCGCAUUUUUAUGGAGAAUGUGGGGGCAGUGAAGGAGCUGUGUAAGCUGACUGACAAUUUAGAAGUGAGAAUUGAUGAACUGGAAAAGAUGAAUAAAAAACUUAGCAAACUACGGCGAUAUGACAGCAUUAAAUCCACUAUCAGCACCAAAUCCAUCUCUAGUAUCAGCACCUUGAGUAGUAGUAAUGCUACUGGACCACCAAAACAACAAGCAAACAGAAGCAGCAGCAGUGACAGAUGUGGAAAGAGCAACAAACACAGCCACCGCCAUCACCACCAACGCAGCAGCAGUGGUAGCAGCAGUUCUCUUGUUCCUGCCAUGUGCGGCAACCGCUUCAUUCAGAUCACCAUCAUUAUUCUCAUUCUGAUCAUGGCAUUUUGCCUGGUGGCAAUUACAACACUCUACAUAUUGGAGCGACACAAACAGACAAGCCACCCACAUGCAUUGCUAGCUACUCCAGCAGAAUAUGUAACACGGACUCCUACCCAAGAUCAAUCAACAACAGGUUCAACUACUAGUGUUACCAAUACUAGUGUGCAGGAUAUUGGCCACUCGUCUCUUUCACAUCAGAAUAGUAGUUCAACAUCGGCAUCUACUCAUUCAUCUACCCACUCAACCAUUAGUUCUACAACAACUUCAAAAAAAUCAGAAGACAAAACUACACACGGAACGACAUCAAUUGAUCCUGCUGUUUCGGGGAAUCAAAGACUCCCUGCGUAUCCAGUCUGUGAUAAGGGCCACUGUGAACUGCAGUGCUGCCCUCCACCACAAUAUGACAUGCCAUCUGGUGAACCUAUAGUGAUUCCCCUAGGCAAUCGGCAGUCAUAUAACACUAUAACUCAUGAUGGAAAUGAAUCUGGUGGGGACGAAGACUUAGUCGGCCAACCAUUCGCAUCCCAAAAUUCUGUUGACCAUGGAAACAGUGAAAUGCAGACACAGGAGACCUCAAGCCACAAUGCCUUCAACAUGGGACCUCAGAAUACCGAGAACCCACACUUCCAGGUUAUCAUUGCAGGCUCUGGAAGGCCUGGCCCGCCCUACAAUGCAUAUGGUGGUAAAGGUGGUCCUAUUUACCACUACAUAUACAAACGACAAGCUUCUGCAUCUUCUGAUGAGGAUGAGAUUGUGCUGGUUGUCAAAGAAUUGAACUUUACCGUCACCAACAGUUUCUGCCUCAGUCCCUGUACUGGCCUCAACCGCUCUUACUUCAUUCAGCUUCAUCAGUUCUUUGGAUUCAUGCCCAUUACACUUCAGUUCAGAAUGAGGGGAGAGCAUCGAGUGACUCUGUGCAACACACAGCCCUCGGGUCAAUGCCCAGGAGUUCAGAACCCCUCUUUAGAGCAGAAUGAGACUAAAACUGGUAGCAUUGUGGAAUGGCUCCUGAAUGUUGGAAUCAACUUCCAGACUAUCUACAACUUCCGCAUCACAGAAGGACAGGGCAUAUUAGAUAAUAAUACAGCUGAGGAAUGCAGCCUGCAGCCUGCUGAGGGACGCACCAUCCGCACGUUCAGUCUGAAGUUUCAGCGUUUCUGUCCUUCAGACAAUGUGGAGUAGAUGUGGUGUCAACAGAAGGAACUAAAUUACUUAGCUGAUCAUCAGCUGUGAACAUUAUUGGCGCUGUCUUAGAACACUUAAGCCUUGAAAGUCCAUGGCUGUGCUUUGAGGACAGGACACUGUGCAAAGCCCAUACUCUGGCCUGAGUGUUUCAGAUCAUGAAUGACCCAUGGGCAUCAAGCAAUAUUAGAAGGCAUCCAGUGAUCACAUUUAAUUGAGCAGCACUCGGUUUUAUGAAAGGCAACCGUCAGUUUUGAAAUAUGACUUGUGCAAUGAUUCAAAAGCUCGUUUUGCAAAGUCUAAUUUUAACUUUUUAUCAUUUCUUUAUGUGGCAUUCAUUCCUCAUGUUGUUUUAAAUCAGUGAUUAAAUGAUCUACUAAACUGUUAUUUCAAGACACACAUAUUCAAAGUUAAUGACCUGUUCAAGGCAGAAGGGAAUAUUAUCACCAGCUUUAUUUUUGAUUGAUCUUCCAAAUGAAUUUUCCUGUGAACAGUAUACAGUGCACUGUCAGAAACAGUAAGCACCUGUCAGAAAACAUCCUGAAAGUCAUGCAAGCAGUCUUGACAGGGGUCAGUCAUUUAUGGAACAAGCCUUUGUCAUCACACCUCACAUAUAAGAUUUUUGAUGAACUGGUUGAUGGUUGUCCUUUUUGGAAACUGUUCAUUUCACUUAAAAGAGAGUUUAGACUCUGAGAAUGUCUGCCUAGGUGGAGGACUUGAAGAUGCAUAACCACAACAGUUGGUGAUAAUAACUGUCUUAGGGUGGUGCAUGAACUGUUUAUAUUUGGACAAACUUAGACACAUAUGCGCUGCAUAAUCAAUAUGUACAAUUGCUAGUAAAUUUAGGAGACAAGAAGUAAUUGCACAGCUGUUUUGGUGUUGACAAGUUUGUGAUGAUCCAAAUGUAUUUGAAAUCAAAGAUUGAGUGUGCUAUAUUUGUAAAGCGAUUUAUUUCGGCCAUGUCCCAACAGGUAUGUUAGUGUGUGCAGCUAAGUGUCAGGUUUAAUCUUCAAAAUAAUUAGUUAAUUACAAACUGGCAUUUCCAAUAAUUUUAAUAAAAAAUGAUGAUGGAUAUUUUAAAAUCAAGGACUGAUAUAUGCCACCCGGGCUCACAGAGCUCUCACUGUAUUGCACAGUAGAUUCCAUGAUACCUGCAGCAGGCAGUCAGCUUAUGUCUUAUCAACUCUAGGUGAUAGCCAGAGUUAAUGACUUCUAGAAAGAAAGAUUGUAAGGUUGUUGUUGAUUUUUACAUUACCAAAAUUAGAAAAGUAAUAGCUGCUGAAAAUGCUACCAAGUUUCUUCCCCACCUCCCCAGUAAAAUGUCGUGCUAACAAUGGAAAAGUAUUCUGAGGUGUGUAUAUUGUCAAAUAUUUUUCCUUUAUCAUUGUGUACAUUCCACAAAUGGGCUUGAUACAUGAUUUAUCAGAAAUUAUCUGGAUGAGAACUUUUUUAAAUUGGAAAUGGCCUGCUGAGGGAGGGAGGGUAUUCAAAUUAAGGUGAGCGGUUGCUCUUUUAUGCAGUUUGGAAGGUGUGUGAGACGGGAGGAGGUGGUGGCACAUUUUUUGGGGGGUUAGCACUAAGGCUGUGAGGAAAAUUUUUACUGAAACUGCAGUUAAGAUAUCCAGUUUCAACUAUUUAUGCAGUUUUCUGUUCAAUGUUUACAACAAAGUGUUGAAGAAUAUCUUGUAUAUUUUAAAUAUAUAAAAAUAUCUUUGUUAUAAUUGCAUUUUUAACUCUUAAAAAACAAAACCAUUCCAGAAUACAUCAUUGCAAAUUUAUUUCCAUAUGCUUUUUAUCAUCUUAAAGAACCUGUUUGCAAAAUCACAAAGCAUGCUAUGGGCAGCAGACUUGAUUUCUAUGGCUUUUUUUGUUAAGUCCUGUGCUUUUGUAUUGAGUGUAAGUUCAAUUUUAUUUAAGACAAAAUGAGUUUAUCUUUCACCAAAGAUGACUAGUUUCCAGUCUCUAAGGCAGUCUAUGCAGUGCCUAAGGAGUUUAUGCAGAUGAAAAUAAUCUUUGUGCAGUUCGUUUUCAAUAUCAUGUAAUCAGAAGUCAUUGAUAGUGGUUAUAUAUAACUUUUCUAGUUUACCUCACAGAAAUAGUAGAGAAUUACAACCACAAAAUCUUUUCAUAAAUUAUUUACAAUAAGGCACAUGUUUAUGUAUGUUUAAAUAAUAGACAUAUAUAAGUAAAACCCCAUAAAGUUCAUUCUGGAAAGUGUUUAAAAGUGUCUAAUUUGUUGGCAGGGUGCAUCAAAAAGCAAAUCACAAUGCCCUUUUAUCAAAAAGGUAUUCUUCCUUAUUUUUCUAUUGAGAUUUCCAUAAAUACCAGUUUUUAUUCUUCCUUGUUGGCUUUAUAUGAUGUCAUACCAUUGAGAGAAAUCAUCAUUCUGUUUUAACGUUGUAUGAAAACUAUCUUUUCCUCUAAGGCCACAGAGACUGUUUUGCAUGUUGUAACCACCAAAAGCGUGUACUAUUUGGCUUUUGCUAUUGUAGACCACCAUUUUUCACAAAGGAUGUGAACUUUUUAACCAGUUCACUAUAUCUGCAAAGAUUCAGCUAUGAAGUAGUUUGUUUUAUCAGUAGUAGAGAUGAACCUCGUGCCUCUAUACUAGACUGAUAUCUUUGAGGUUUGUUUUUUUUUUUUUCAAUCCAGGGCACUAAAAGGUGUGUGCAUUAACAAAACUUUCAUGAUGAGAGAGUGUGCAUGCGUAUGUGUGCUCAUGCUCCUAUAUGAGUUAAAUGUAUUUUGUUAUUCAGUUUGUGUACAGCUUUAAAAGCAUGGUAACCAAAUUCAAAAUUUCAACAUGAUCUGCACAUUAUUUAUGCUUGUGAAGAAAAAGACGAUUUUCAGCCUUAAGAAAACAAAACAUUAUCAGUCCAUUUUCUUCGUUUACAAUCACUUCGCAGUUAGACACUGAAAAGUAGCCAUGUAAUACACAAUACACAGAGAAGAAGCAAGACUCCGUCUGGGUUUAGUACUAGUAAAUCAUCAUUCUGUUAACAAGCCAUUAAAGAUUGAUAUUCUCACCUGCGGUUUGGAAGGAAGUCAAGACCUUGUGACACACAAAAGUAUGCUUGUCUCAUUCACAUCUUUAAAGCUUUUUCAUCGACUUCAACACUCAAUGAUAGCAAUUCAAAGAUAAUUAGAAUAAGAAAAUUAUCACUUAAAAUUCAGGUCAGUUUUUGUAACGUUAAAUUUUAAAAUCAAAAUUUUGUUGAGCUUAUGACGACACUCUGUACCAGUGAAUCUUUGAGCUUUGCUUCUUGUUUGACUUAGGUUAACUUCAAGCUUUAGCAGCAUUAGAAACUAGAUGAGGC